AUGUCAGUUAAAACUGCAGGACUUGCAUGUGUCUUGUGUGUUGUGGUUGCAUUGUUACUCUUUUCUUCGCCAUCCGCGUUGGCAUUGCAAACCAUUCAAUGCAAAACUGUGAAGAAAGACAACUUUUAUCAAAAUGGCAUUCCUUUCUAUGGAUUCAAAUCAAAGCAAACAAUCUCUGCAUUUAUCAUGAUGAAACCAAUCAUGGCCAAUUAUUUAUUUGCUCCUGAUAACAGUCAGGGAGUCUACUGCACUCAAAGUUGGAACAAGUUAUACGGAGCUACUCGAUGUGGUUAUUUGGACACAGUUCAUGAAGAUAGUGAUCGUUUUGUUUGGAGACGUCCCAUCACUUGUGUGAAAACCGAUGCACAAGGUCACGUUCUGGGUAAUGUUGAUCAUUGUCCACUCGCCAACAAGGUACAAGUUGCUGCCUACGCCUACGAUAAUGGACAAGAACCAUUUCAACAUCAAGGAACUCUCUUAAAAGAAUUCACAACUCUUGUGGAUACUGAUGUUUGGUAUGAAUAUGAAUUAAUCUUUGAGCAAGACAAGACUACUUACAAUUUGUACUCCACCAAUGUCAGCAAUAGCAGUGGAUCUUCUUCCAAGCUGAAAAAGUUAUUGAACUCAUUCAAGAGAGGUAAAGCUUCAGUUUCAGCAAGUAAUGUCACAAGAGGACAAUUGUUGGAGAGUAAGCAAAUUAUUCAUGGAAAGCAAUGCAGUAAUUACACGAAGGGAAUGUACUUGGAUUUGUAUUUUGGAGGUCGAUGUCCAGCACCUGCUGAUAUUCAUUGUUGUUACAUUUACAAUUAA